AUGGUGGCUACCAACUCCCGCCUCACUCAGGCAGCAUACCAAGCACUACCCGGCACACCCCUCGACGUCGACAAAUCAUUCUACGAUCGCAUCGCUUCCUCUCCCAAAACCCUCUCCUCAUCUUUUGUCCUCCCUAUCCGCAGUGGCAAAGCAUGGUCCGUUAAAGCAGGCCAACUAUGCCGCAUCGUAGCAGUCUCUGGCGCCCAAGUCGGCGAUCUUAACAUCUGGUCUCUCCACAACCCCCGAGAGAAAUUCUGGGCCUCUCGAACACGUCAAUUGCAACGAGCCCAUGUUUCUGUCUACGACCGACUCUGGUCCUGCCUUCCGUAUCUCCGCCCACUAUGCACCAUCACCGGCGAUUCGCUAGCAGACUACGGCAUUGACUCUGAAGGAGGUCGAGUUCAUGAUUUGCUGGGUACACGAUGCGACCCGUACGUUAACAGAAUGCUUACUGGCCAAGACUUUGACUAUCACUGUCAUAGCAACCUAGUACGGGCGGUGAGGGAGUGGGGGUUGGAAGAGGGAGAUGUGCAUGAUGUGCUAAAUGUCUUUCAAUGUACUGGCCUGAAUGGGGGUGAUCAGUACUUUAUGAAGACAUGUCCGGCGAAGAAGGGCGAUUACUUUGAGUUUUUUGCAGAGACGGAUCUGUUAUGUGCGCUAAGUACGUGCCCGGGUGGUGAUUUGAGUAAGGCCAUGUGGGGUGAAGGGGCUGCUGCCCAAGGAGAGGAGGAUCCCACACUGGAGUGUUGUAGACCAUUGGGAGUGGAAGUGUAUGAUUUGGCGGAGAGGGACAAGGUGCUAGAAGGCUGGAAGCAGUCAGAGCCUUAUGGGAGGUUAUAUAAGGCUUUACACGGGGCCAAGGCCAAGGAGUGGGAAUCCUCCUAG